UCUCGGAUUGUCUUUGGACUUUCCUUUCAAUCUACCUAUUCACCAAGCAGUAGCUUUUCUGCCGGUCUCAACUAUUUUAGGGAAAAUAAGCAUAAUGGCACCUGUUACUGAGAAUCCAAACCCAAAGGGAAUAAAUGCAGUUCUACUUGGUCCACCUGGAGCUGGAAAGGGAACACAGGCUCCAAUGAUGGCAGAAAAGUACUGUGUGUGUCAUUUGUCAACAGGUGACAUGUUACGAGCUGUUGUUGCCUCUGGUUCAGCCCUGGGAAAGAGAUGUAAGGAUGUGAUGGACAAAGGCCAGUUAGUCAGUGAUGACUUGGUUGUAGAACUGAUUGAUGAGAAUUUAGGGAAACCCAUGUGUAGGAAUGGAUUUCUAUUGGACGGCUUUCCCAGGACUGUCAAACAAGCUGAAGCUUUAGACAACUUACUAGUAAAAAGGCAGACCAAGUUAGAUGCCUGUGUAGAGUUUGCUAUAGAUGAUUCACUGCUGGUCAGGAGAAUUACAGGACGUCUGUUUCAUAUGAAGAGUGGCAGGUCCUACCAUGUGGAAUUCAACCCACCAAAGUUCCCAAUGAAGGAUGAUAUGACAGGUGAACCUCUUAUAAGACGCUCUGACGAUAAUGAAGAAGCACUGAAGAAAAGAUUAGAGGCUUAUCAUAACCAAACAAAACCAUUAGUUGAUUAUUACGCUAAAAGAGGUAUCCACACAGCCGUCGAUGCCUCAAAACCACCAAAAGAAGUUUUUGCUGCAAUAAAAGAAAUUUUUGCACCAAAAGUGCUAACACAGGAUAGUCCUGAAGGUCAAGGAGUUUUAGGAAAAUUAAGAAGUAUGGCUGGAAAAUAACAUUUACAAAUUAUAUAAACAAUAAAGUACACUAAAGAUGAUUUAGUUGAAAAUGAAAUUUUGACUGAUUUUUUUUUCUGAGAAACUGGUAAUUGUAGAUUAUUCAUUCUAAAAUACUGUAAAUUCAGAAAUCAUUGCAUAUAUCUAUUAUUGCCAUUUUGUCAUUUAAGAAUAUAUAUUAAAUUUGAAAUAAUGUUUGCUAUAUUGAGAAAAAUCAUGUUUAAUUCAUAUAAAAAAUUUCAAAAUGAGAGUUAAAAAUUAUUGUGAUUAUAACCGGUCAUAUUUUCACAAUGAUAAAAACUUUGCAAUAAUUUCUGAUUUUACAGUUCCAGUCUGUAGAUUUCCACAGGUGAUAUUUGACAGGGUCGUAAGUCAGUGUUAUCAAUUUCAAAACCUUGUUUGUAAGUUUCAUAGAUGACAAUGGAAAGUCACUUGCAAUCACUAGCAAUCACUCUGAUUCACUGUGAAUCACUCAACACCAGCAAUCAAUAUUUUUUUAUCUGAAUUUUCUAGUGUGUACUGUUGUAGUUAAGUUUUUAGUCCACUUAUAUUAAAUAAAUUUAGUGUGAUCUCACCAUUACAAAAGUAGAAAUUUAUAUCUAUAUUAAUAAUACUUUGUGUGUGAAUAUUGUUAAUCAUAAAAUAGCUGUAUUUUUCAACUGUCUCUUUUUAUUCGAGUGUAACUGUAGGAUUUUCUAAUUAUAACUAGCCGUCCAUUCAUUUUUAUUGUGAAUUUCAUCCUUAAAAACAAAGAAAGGAUUGUUAAAAUUUUGAUAUGUUCAAAUUUUAGACUACGCAUGAUAGAAAAAAAAUAUGCAUCACAAUUGAUAAAUGGAUGACUUCUAACUAAAAUGUUUUUCCUUUGAUUUCAAUUUGUUUUUAUGCCAUAAUCAUGAUAAUGGUCCAUUGGAAGUAUUUUACAGAUUAACACAAUCCACUUUGAUUUGGGCGUUGAGAAAAGAUUUCUAUUUUUCAAAAUAAAAAUUAAAGAAUCAUAGAAUGCUUUAUAAAGCACCUUGCAUAAAGGUAUUUACUGUGGAUUCAUUAUUAUUCGUUGGAUACCAAUUUUAGUGGGUACAGGUGAACCACGAAUCCAUAUGUUCAACGAAUUACUAAUUUUCUAUAGGCUUUGUACAUAGAAAUCGUCAAACCACAAAUUCAGAUAUUUUCUUUAAUCCACGAAAAUUGAUAUCCACGAAAAUAAAUGAAUUCACAGCACACUUUUGGUACAUAGAUGAAAUUUGCCUCCGAAUAACUGUAGAUCGCCUCCAAAUAACCUUCUGAUGUUAAAGCAACAAUCACUUUUUCACUGUGACGUCAAACGUUUUGAAUUAUGAUGUCAAAGUUUACAGUAACUGGUGUGAUUUGGUAUAAUGGAGGACAAAUUUGCAUACAAGUGUAAAUACAUAUAUUUAACCAGACAGCAAAUUCAACAUACUGAUAGCUCAGGAGAUCUCAAUAAGAAUAAGUUGUUCUGAAGUUAUUUUAAAUAACAUAUUACUGUGGAUUCAUUAUUAUUCGUUGGAUAUCAAUUUUUUGUUGAUUUUGUGGGUACAGGUGAACCACGAAAUUUAAUGUGCAAUGAAUGACAGAUUUUAUAUAGGUGUGUAUGCAGACUAUGGCAAAACCACAAUAUUAGAUAUCCAUAAAUGUGUCAUUUUUCCUUCAUCCAUGAAAAUUGGUACCCACAAAAUUGAAUGAAUCCACAGUUUCUUCUUUCAGGCAGUAUAAUAUUUUUUUUUUUAUUAUUUAUUUAAAAGUUACAUGUUAUGAUGUUUCUUUUUAUUGGUGUAAUUUUCCUUUAUAAUUUCCAAAGCAGUAAAUGUGGCCUUAGGUGAUUGAUAUUUGCAGAGAGGUCUUAGUUGUGGAACUGUUGUAUUAUCUAGCCUGUCAACACUGAGGUUGUAAGUUAGAAUUAUGCACAUGUUGCUUGGCUUCAAUCUUUAAUGUCUAGAUUUUUUAUUAUUAUUAAGGUCGUGGUUCUUUCCAGGCACUCUAGCUUCCUCCAUCAAUAAAUUAUUACUGUCCAGAAAUAGCACAACAGUAACAUGAACCGCCUAUCAAUCUUUCAGUCAUUUUAUAAUUUUGAAGCAGUAAAUGUGGUUUUGGUUGAUUGGUAUUUCCUUUCAGUGUGAUGUAGCCAAAACUCAUAAUUGCUUUUCUCAAAAUUAACUUUGUGCUGGAUUUGCUUUAUCAAGCCCCAAUUUUGCACUACUGAGUAGAAAUAAACUCAUCAUAGAUACAAGGACUAAAUUUAGUUUAUACACCAUAUGCGUUUCAAGUUUCAUGACCAAAAAUUUAAGGUGCGGUAUUGUUUUCAGUUCUUAUAAGAUUCCUGAUAGCCUAUGUAUUUUUCUUUGACAGAAUUUCAUUGUCCCCCCCCCACAUUCCAAAAACAUUUUAUCAGGUUUGUUUACUAUUUUCAUGAAUGGGUUGUUUGCUGCCAAAGUAAAAAUGUUAGUUCAUGUUCAUUAUUAUUUAAUUUAUUUAGAUACCUCAAUUUACCAAAAUGUCACAUAGAAAUGAAUAAAAUGUUGGCUUGCUA